CUGGUGACAGCGACUGCAAGCUUAUUCACCGAUUGUUUACCGCAACGCGAUGACCGUCACUUGUUUCCCGUUGGUAAAGGCUCUACUCGGCCCUUGUGGAUUGAGAGGUCGGCAAUUUUUACAGAUAACGGACCACGCGACAGGUACAGCCCACGCGAGAGAGAAUAUCCUCAAGCAUGACGUUGCGGAUAUCUCCUAGUGGUUCAAGCCGACGCCAGGCCGUCCUUGCCCAUCCGGUAGCGAUGCGUGGGUCUCAUCAGGCCUUGCGCAACUACUCUGCUCGUGUUGGGUUUGGCAAACAACUUAGUCUGCUCCAGAGCAUGAUGCGGUUCCGGCAUACCCCUCCUCAAUCUCCGGGGAUUGUUGGGACCUGUCUCUGCAUUGCCUUCGAAUAGCGUCCCAUGUUCCUGGUUGAACCAUGGCGCAAUACGGAUUACCACGAUUGUCCAUGUCCAUGUCAA